AUGAUGGAAACUGUGGAAGUUCGAAGUAAAAGUCUACUAAUCCAAUGGCUGAAUGUGAAGCCAAAUAGCCUUCUUAGCUGGCAAAUUCACGUGAAGCGGAAAAGUAUCAAAUACGAUAUUUACUACAAGCGAACGAAAGGAAGUUCAGAGGAUGACUAUAAAUCACCAGCCGUUUUAGACGCCAGACAACAACAACAAACCCAAGUAACUGAAGUUCAAAAGUUGAAUGCCAUUGGUCUUGAACUCUUUUACCAAGGCGAAAGGUGUAUGGCUGAAAAGCCCAACGACGGUUCUGUGUCCAUUGAGAAAGGUGGAUUAUAUGCUUUUGUUUUCGACAAUACUUUCUCUAAAACUACACCAAAAAUCAUAUCUUUUCUGCUCAGUGUCCAAUCGUUUCCAGGAUCAGUCCAGCAUAACAUAAACAGUAACGGUGCCCCGAAACAGCUGAUUUGUGGAACCCUUCUCAAAAAGCGGCGCAAAAAAGGCCAAGGAUAUGCUCGUCGUUACUUUACGUUGGAUAUGCUGGAAGGAACUCUUUCAUACUAUGCCAAUGCUCAUUCUUCUAUCAUGCGAGGAAAGCUGCCUCUCAGUAUCGCUGUUGUCAGUAUCUCUUCCGAAAGCCAUGAAAUUAACGUUGAUUCCGGCAUCGAAGUUUGGAAUCUCCGCGCUCAUACUCAUCACGACUGGUUAAGAUGGUGUAAUGCCCUAGAGCGUGCUAAAAAUACUCAGGCUUUUUCCAAAUUAACUGUUAGUGAACGAUCCCAGCAGUCAUCUUCCAAACAGCUCGAUUCCAUCUACUCCCGCCUUCGCGAAUGCUUGGAUAUCGCACAAACCCACCGGAUAGGUCGCUCUCGGUCUGCUAUUAAUCUCAACAUUCCCAACAUCCGGAUUCAAUUGCCCGACGAACACAUGACAAAUACUGGAAACCCAAGAGAGUCCAUGGAUGAAUCCUUUCCCGAAAACUCAUCCGCCGAAAUAACUCUCCGCAAAGUUACUCGCCAGCUUGGCUCUCUUUUACAUGAACUAGAAUGCUUUAUUCAACAUCAUGAGUUUACAAAAGAUCAAGUUCCCGUUACUUCCCCAUCCUCCCGUGUAUCCAUGGAUUCUACUGUAUCUCAUACGUGGUAUGAUGCCGAAGAUGACCCAGGCAUCAAUCAUGUAACAGACACUUUGGGAGACCUAAAUAAUUCAGAUGACUUGCUAAGCAGUGAUCGAACUACCAAAAAUUCUGAUCCCGAUAUUACCUUUGUCGAUGAUUCUCUUCAUAGAACGAGCAGCUAUGAAGAGGAUUCAGUUUCCGAUUCUUCUGUUUCAGACUUGUCCUCUGAAGUUACAGAGCCAGAGGAGUUAAUUCAAUCACCGGCUAGUUACGAUUCCAUGGUAUCGAGCGAUACCGCUGAUGAAGGUUCAGAGAAAAGUGUUGUCAAUGGAAUAAAACCUAUUGAAAAUUUCAAGGAUGUAGAUGAAUACAAACCAAAUCGCACCGAAAACAAGUCUGAACAAGGAUCUGCUGCCCGUUCCAUAAACUCGAAGAAUAAUAAGAAUUCUAGAGGACCGAAGCAUGACACUGAAGGAAGUGCACCAUUUUCUUCAGCUUCCAAUAAAAAUGAAGAUAUGUCGAAGGAUCUUAACCAACCAGUUGCUGAACUGUACCCCCUUCCUCAUAAAACGGUUGCGCGAAGACAAAACAUACCUGCUAUAGUAGACCCUCCUCCUAGUAUCAUGUCGGUCCUGAGAAGGAAUAUUGGAAAAGAUAUCAGUUCAAUUCGUAUUCCCGUUGUUUCCAACGAACCCUGUAGUUUACUUCAACGUUAUGCGGAGGAUUUGGAAUAUUCCAACCUUUUAGACAUCGCCAACGAAAGUGAGCCGGAGUUGAAGAUAUUUUACAUCGCAGCUUUUGCUGUAUCAAAUUUUUCUAAUAUGAGACACAAGGAAAGAAGUGUGAGAAAGGUGUUUAGUCCAUUAUUAGGAGAAACGUAUGAGCUAGCUCGUGAAGAUAAAAAUUAUCGCUUUUUAGCAGAAAAAGUGUCACAUCGGCCACUUGUUGUUGCAUGCCAAGCCGACAGUCCUAAAUGGAAAUGGCAUCACUCUCCAAGGCCUAUCCAGAAAUUCUGGGGUAAAUCUAUAGAACUGAAUAUUCAUGGGGACGUGAACAUUCAGCUACAGUGUGGAAGUAAGUUUGUCUUUACGAAGCCUGCUUGUUUUUUGAAAAACGUUGCUAUAGGAGAAAAAUACGUUGAACCUUAUGACCACAUGGUAAUUACUGACUCUACCACUGGGGACAAAGCCAUCGUUCAAUUUAAAGUUGGGGGAAUGUUUUCUGGGCGUUCUGAAGAAGUAAAUGUUGAAGUUGUAAGGUCCGACGGAAGCCAAGAUUCUCGAUGCCUAAAAGGUAAAUGGACGACUUCGUUAGAUUUGGUACACACUGAAACCAAUAAAGUGGAAAAAAUGAUAUGGGAAGUUGGAAGUUUGGUGGAAGACCCUCAAAAGCAUUGCGGUAUGACAACAUUUGCUGCACAAACGAACGAAAUAACAUCGAUUGAAGAUGGCUUGCUUCCUCCUACUGACACUCGUUUACGCCCUGAUCAAAGAUUACGCGAACAGGGCCGUUUAGAGAUAGCAGAACAAUUGAAAUUAGAUCUCGAACAGAAACAGCGAGAGGAACGACAAGAGAUGGAGAGAAACCAAACAUCUUGGCAUCCUAAAUGGUUUUCUCAAGUUAAGACCGGUAAGGAUGAUGAGUCUGACCCUCUUUGGUUUAUAAAAGAAGACCGAGAUAGUUAUUGGUCCUGUCGGCAAAAAGGCAAUUGGUCUAAGUGCCCUCAGUUAUGGUAA